CGGGCGCAGGCGCGGCGGAGGAGCCGAGGGGCGCGGGCGGAGCAGCCCCGGCAGCGGCCGCGAUGGAGGACGGCGGCUACGUGCCCCCGGACCUGACGCCCGAGGAGCGCCUGGAGCUCGAGAGCAUCCGGCGCCGGAAGCAGGAGCUGCUGGGGGAGAUCCAGCGCCUGCGGGAGGAGCUCAGCGAGGCCAUGAGCGAGGUGGAGGGGCUGGAGGCCAACGAGGGCAGCAAGACCCUGCAGCGGAGCCGUAAGAUGGGGAUGGGCCGCAAGAAGUUCAACAUGGACCCCAAGAAGGGGAUCCAGUUCCUGGUGCAGAACGAGCUGCUCCGGCUGACGGCCGAGGACGUCGCCCGCUUCCUCUACAAGGGCGAGGGGCUCAACAAGACGGCCAUAGGGGACUACCUGGGGGAGAGGGAGGAGUUCAACCUGGGCGUGCUCCACGCCUUCGUGGACCUGCACGAGUUCACGGACCUGAACCUGGUGCAGGCGCUGAGGCAGUUCCUUUGGAGCUUUCGGCUGCCGGGGGAGGCGCAGAAAAUCGACCGCAUGAUGGAGGCCUUCGCGCAGCGGUACUGCCUCUGCAACCCGGGGGUCUUCCAGUGCACGGACACGUGCUACGUGCUGUCCUUCGCCGUGAUCAUGCUCAACACGAGCCUGCACAACCCCAACGUGCGGGACAAGCCCUCGGCCGAGCGCUUCGUGGCCAUGAACCGCGGCAUCAACGACGGCGGGGACCUGCCCGAGGAGCUGCUCAGGAACCUCUACGAGAGCAUCCGGAGCGAGCCCUUUAAGAUCCCGGAGGACGACGGCAACGACCUGACCCACACCUUCUUCAACCCGGACCGCGAGGGCUGGCUGCUGAAGCUGGGCGGGCGGGUGAAGACGUGGAAGCGCCGCUGGUUCAUCCUCACCGACAACUGCCUCUAUUACUUCGAGUACACCACGGACAAGGAGCCACGCGGGAUCAUCCCAUUGGAGAACCUGAGUAUCCGGGAGGUGGAGGAUCCCCGGAAGCCGCACUGCUUCGAGCUCUACAUCCCCAACAACAAGGGGCAGCUCAUCAAGGCCUGCAAGACGGAGGCCGACGGGCGCGUGGUGGAGGGGAACCACGUCGUGUACCGCAUCUCGGCGCCCACCCGCGAGCAGAAGGACGAGUGGAUCAAGGCCAUCCAGGCCGCGGUGAGCGUGGACCCCUUCUAUGAGAUGCUGGCGGCGCGCAAGAAGCGGAUCUCGGUCAAGAAGAAGCAGGAGCAGCCCUGAGGGGGGGGGGAACUCCCCCGAACCC